CACACCGUUUCUACUCAGGUAUUACUGCUGUUAUGUUUCGGCACAUCGAAAUCCUCUCAGCUCUUUUCUGUUUCCUGUUACUUUAUCAUAAUGUGAAUACAAAACUAUGUCCAGCAGGUCAGAGGAACGUUUACGGUCAAGAUAGGUGUGAGGACUGUCCAGCGAAACAAUACAAUCCAAAUGAGGGAGACUGGAUUACCUGUCGUCACUGUAGCAAAUGUGGAGAAGGUAGCGAGGAAGAAGUAGUAUGCAAUCUUAUAAGCGACACUCGCUGCAGAUGUAAAACAGGCUUUAAACCUGUAGAUGAGAAAAAAAAAACAUUUUGUAUUUGUGAAGAAGGAUAUGGACUGGAUUCUGAAAAAAAUAACUGCAUGAAAUGUCCACAUGGAUUUUUCUCAAACAAACAAAACGGGGUCUGUAAAAAAUGGACAGAAUGUAAGAGUGGUAUUAAGAUUCCAGGAAACAACACAUCCGAUGCCAUCUGUAAAAAUGCUUCAAAGACCAUAACCACCUCUUAUAUCAGGACAGAUGUUCACACAGGCACGUCCACCUCGACUCCAAUGAACACAAUCACCUCUAAUAUUGCGCCUUCCAUCACUGCAGCAUACCCCAAAGACCGUUUCAACAUCUUGUGGCUUGUCUUGGUAUUCGGUGUUAUUCUUCUCCUGAUUGGGCUAUUGUAUCAUAAGGAUACCCACCACUGCAUUCUUAACAAAACAAAGCUGGUGUCUCGGAAAGAAAGCUCAUGCAAAAAGCCUGUUGAAGAAUCUGGGGAGAAGUGUCUUUCUCUGCUUGUCUAACACUGGCUUUAAAACCUUACCUUGUUUCUUUUUGUGGAAAACUUGAAGUUGUAAGCAAUGUUUCUUUGUUGGAAACCUUUUAAUCUUAACGUUCCUAUUACCGUUUUUUUUUCAGCUUUUCUGAAGGUUGUGUGUGUUUUUUACUUGCUUUAUGUACAGUUUAUAACAACUGUAGCUAUUACCAUAAUAAGACUGUUUAGGAUCAUGUGAUUUCAGGUGGCUCAAGAGAAAAAUUCAAAGCAUAAAUUUUUUUUGUUCUUUACCCGAGAAUUCACUGCUGAACAGUGAAUUAAAAUUUCAUCAUAACACUCAAACUGCAACUUCAGUCGACACCUCAUUGUAUAGGCUAAACGGAUGGCUGGAAUGACGCCACAGUUACCAUGGCAUCACAUUUGUCAACCGCAGAUAUAUCCUGUUGACUCAUGCAUUCCUGAGAGGAAAAAUGAUGAAUUAUCUGAAUUUCCCAUAUUUAGGUGGGCUAAGGACAACUCCUGAGAAUCUUAAUUGUCUAUUUUUAUGUAGCCUCAUUUUGAAGGUUUGAUUUUGUUUCUAUGAAAUGAAAAUAAAUGUGAACUGUAAUUUUGGAUCGGGGGAGAGCAUUCAGGGUGAUUCUAUUUUCAUAUUUAUGUUUUUUAAUAAUAGUUCAUUCAAAUCAUCUUUAACCUUUACAGGUCAGAUUGAGCAUACAGUUAAUGUGUUAAAGUAUUUUCAUUGUGUUGAUUUCUGUAUCUAAAUUGUACAUUCAAAUACAGAGCUGGUGUUGUCCCCGCCUACAUUUAUGUUUAUUCCAACAUUUAACGGCAUCGCUUCCCUCUGUGUCUUGAACCAUAGUUCCGGGGAGGCGAUAGAUUUCGGUUAAAAGUCUUCUUCAAAAUUUCCAUCCACCCAUAAGUACUCACGUUCCAGGCUUCAAAGCGUCAUUGUAUCGUGUAUGAAACCACCACAGCUCAAAAUGGAAGAACUGCAUGUGGUUUACACCAAGGGAAUCUCAAUUCAAUUCUUAAAAACUUUGUGGGUAGUAUUUGUCAUUUUCAAAUUGUGAGAUUGGUUUAAGUUUGUUUGAGCACUAAUGCUUUUUAUCAUUUACAGUCAUUGUCAAAGUCUUGUAAUGUUGAAA